GGUAUUUGAACAGAGUCUCUAGGAACCACCUAGUAACAAAACAUGAAAAUAAAAAUUCCCAUCCCCUCGCUGGCCCAAUUGAGGUUAAGUCAUGUACUGCUGAUACUGUAACAACCGUAUAUAUAACGAAAAAUAAAAACCCUCGUAGAAACUAUGGUCAAGCAUACGCAUUCCUGAUGAUAAUAGUAACAAUUCUCUUCAAAACAAUAAUAUAAAGAGCGAAAAAUUUAUAUAUUAAUAUAAUCGCUGUGCCCUCGGUUCGCCGUUCGACGUGCGAUGUGGAAAGAUCCAGUCGAUCUUACGAAAAGAAAACCUCGUAGAUUGAGAGGAACACCGGCGAAUAAAGUCGUUAAUCUAUUAGCAUUUUCUUUCGUUAGCUUAUUUUCAGCUUUAAUCUUGGCUCGGACCCAUUCGACUGAUCCGAGAGUGCAAGUAAAAAAAGAGCGUCUUCAGAAGAAACUUGCACCAACAGAAGAGGAACAUCUACGCAGAGAAAUGAAUAAAGAUCCUUUAAUGAUAAGAAUUACCGAGGCUCUGAAUGAAAGAGCAGUUUCACGAGCAGUUGGAGAAACUGAAGAGCAACAGAUACUGGAGGAGUUUAUAAAUUUCAAGAAAUAGUUUGGAUUGUUCAUUGCGGCUAAAGGAUUUUUGACGCUAGAAUGGAUUAUUAGUCCCUUUCCUUCCCUGUCACAGGAACUGGAUGCUGGUAGCAUUGAAAGCUUAACAUCGAUAGCAAUGGAUGAAAAGAAUAAAGUUAAAGAGAAAUGUGAGAAGCGUCAUUCGUCUCCAAGCAAGGACGAUAGCUUGGCAGACUUUGAAUCACCAAAAAUCAAAACAACUGUACAAAUCAAUAAACCAAAAAUUUUGAACGAUAAAAGGGUGAAAAAAUCCAGCUCUAAAAACAAAACUGCAGCGACGAGUCGGAAAAAAGAUAGCGUUGCGACUGGUCGUCGAACUGACAAUGAAAGAGUUCAACCAUCCAUUGAAUCUUCCUUUUUCAAAGCUUCUACCAGUUCUCUCAAAAGCGGGCACACUUGUCCCUUGUGUAUGAAGUAUUUUGCUGAUAAAGUCGCCGGAGCUGCACACUCGAAAAAUUGUGCUUCCAAACAUAAUGUUUCCACUAAAAAAUUGUUGGCUGCCAUAGCUCUCCAAGAACGCCAGGCUCACGAACGUAUCGCUAUUGGCUUACCCGCCGGUCCAUUUGUACAACCGACAAAUAAAACUCCCAGAAGGAGUCGAGAAUUGGUGGUUUCAAAUGUCGAUCCCGACCUCCAAUUAGCUCUCGCCCUGUCGGAAUCUCUUCAGGAAAAUGAGUUGGAGAAAGAAUUUGAAGAAGCUCUAUUGCUCGCCGUCGAACAUCGGGGCGAAGAUCCAAUCGUUCCGAUAACGAAUUCUCAGAAACGUCAAACGUUGAAAAGUUUCGGAUUUUCAACUAAUAAGCCAGUUGCGCCCGGAGUUUUUGAAGGUCCGGUAAAGUCGAGAAAAAAAAAACGUUUAGGUCCAACAGUCCUUCAGACCAGAACCCAGGAGUCCAGAGACCGUCUCCUGAGUGAAAGAAUAGCAGAGAUUCUCAUGGGAAAUGAGGCAAUAACGCAAGCUUCACCAAAAAUAAAUUUCAACAAUUAUUGCAAAUCUCAAACUAAAUUGCAGAGUCACCUGUUGAAGAAAAUCCAUCAAUCCACCAAGCGUCUUUGGGACAGUGCUCAGCUGUCGCCGGAGGUCAUCAAUUUUUACGUCGAAGAUCUUGGACCGGUGAUUUUGUCCUGCGCGAAUGGUCACGGACGAAGGGCUUCGAACCAUAACGAAAAUGAAAAAGAUUCUGAAAUGAAACAAGCCAAAAGAGAUUCGCCAGAAAAAAUGGAAAAAGAAGUAUCGGAAAACAAUGAGAACGCCGCCAUAAAUUCGCCUGUUUCAUCAAUGAAUUGCGUGGAGGAAACCAGACAAGAUUUACUGAUAGAAACGAGAAAUAUUUACGUAACUGACCGCCAAUAUCGAAGUACUCUGAGCACUGACUGGUCAAAUACACUAAACGUCAGUUCAAUGAGCGACGUUGUAAUCCUCGUGAAAAACAACCACAUCUGGGCACACAAAUUGGUUUUUCACGUACGUUGUUCCGACAUUUUGCUCGAUUGUGAGUCUAACGAAGACACUAAAUUUGGCCACGUCAAGGAGAGUGUACAGUGGCUCGAUGUCGACUUCACCAUUGGAAUGGCUUUCCUUGAAUUCAUUUAUAGCGGUGUCAUCGAAAAAAAUUCCCAAAUCUUCAAUGAAAAUCGUAUGGUUGCUGGUGUUAGACGAUUGGCUAGAAAAUAUCGUCUUAAGGACCUCUUCGAUUAUCUUCGUAAGAGAAAAACGGAAGUGAGUGAUCAUUCGAACGUGGAAAACCGGAGAGAAGGUUUGAGUUCGCCGAUCAUAGUCGAUGCGAAUGAGUUUCACAAUGAAGUGGGAAAUCAUCGAGUUACCGUUGGCCAAGAAGACCAUCUUCAAAGAAGAGAAACUCCUGAAAACUUAACAGGAAUUGUCGAAAGUCGACAAACUCCUGUUGCAUCAAACGAGACCAGUGAAAUCCAAAUCGAAAAUUCAAAACCUCCGGAGAUUAAUGUCCAAUACGACAAUCCUCUUGGAAAUAUGGCCGUGACUACGACUCUUGAAAGUUCUCCAGAGCGAUCUUCACCUCGUAAAAAACUUCUCGAAUCGCCCACUCCAAAAUCGAAUGUUUUGAGUCAAGAAAACGACGCUGAUCGAGAGAUUGAAACGAUGGAAGUUGUUUCGAUUUCUAGUAGCCACAGGACGAGCACAAUGUCACCGGAUCUCUUCGACGAGACAAUCUACGAAACAAAAAAAGAGGCUGAGGAAGCAAAAAACGUGGAGGCCACGACUAAUGUGGCGAGCCAAGUUUCGACCGAAGAGAAUUCGAAUCUCGCAGUGUUAGCUCAAUUGAUCGCCGAAGAUGAUUCAUCCUCCGAUGAGGGUGGUGAAAAUUUUGCCCCUCCAACGCCUCUCGAGAGUAAAAUAGAAAACAAAGCUCCCGCUGUACUGAUGGAGUCGAGAAACGAAUGUUCGAGUGAUCACUGGAGCAACGAUUUUCCAACCUUUAACACGUCCGAUUUGCCGAAUUUUAACCUGAGUAAUGUAGAGGAUAACGUUUUCGAGAGCACCGAAAAGAAAAAAACAGAAAACUCAAUGCUCUCAAAGGAAACAAACAAAUGCAAAAGUUUAUCACAAAACCACGUGGAGACCCUGGAAUCCUGCGACCACUUACCCAGAACGUCUGAAAUCGAAAAAUUCUCGAAAUCUCAAUGUUUACCAAUCAAACAAAAAAGCAAUUUGAGUUUAUUUAUAGAAAAAGUACAGAAAAUCAAUUCAAAAUCAGCUUCGGAAUCUUACACUGAAGAAGAUUCCUUGGGAAUUGCUGUCGAUCGUCGGAGAUUCCGCAAUCCUUUCAAUGUCAAGAACGUCAGCAAACAGUUAGAGAAAUCUUGUGACGAAGAAAUAAGUGACGAGAGUCACGAGAACACGGAAGAAGAUUCGGAACAUGAAAACGCGAAAGCCAAUUUGGACAAAUCUUCGAUCAACGAAUCCUCGAGAUUCGAGGACAACAACGAAAUAAACUCAAUCGAUGAAACCUCUUCUACGUGCGACGAAGACGUUUCAAUGUACUCGAAAUACAGAAAGAAAAAUCAGCACGACAACAGCAUAGCAAACUAUCGAAACAUGUUGAAAGCAACGAACAAACCACGAGGUGAAACAACCAGAGAUGAAAAGAAUGAAAGUGAAAUUUCCACACACGGCGUUCCCAUAGAUUUGACCCAAGAAUCAGACGAAGACGUCGAAUUCCCUCCGAGUUCUUCCUCGAGUGUAAAUCCUCGUAUUUCUCGAAAGCCGAUCAACCGAAUUCUCGAUACGGAUUCUAAUGAUUCACUGUUAAUAAAAAAGGAUUGUCAAGUUCAAUCAACCAUCGUUAUUGAAAAUAAGGAUCUAAACGUAUCCAAAGGUUGCAUCAGCGAUCAGAAUAACGAAAGUAGAAAAAAAAGUCCUAGCAGUUAUCACGAUGAGGAGAACGGUCUAAAAAAUUCGUUGUUUUCAUCUGAUCUCGAUGUGUUUGAAAUUGACGAAGAAUUACUCUCCAAUUCGAAUAUUUUUCCAGAGCGAGUGGCUGGCCCUUCGUCAAAAAAUUGUUCCCCCUUGUCGGGGAAGUCGACUCCUCGUAUGCAAUCCUACAACGAAUCGGUGAACCUCGAAGGGAUUAAAAGCACUGAAAAAAAGGAGAAACGUUCGAAUCAUUUUGCAGCAACAUCAUCCGAGGAUACGAGAAGUCCAAAUUCUUAUUAUCAGGACUCGGGUGGGCUCGAAAUAAAUGAGGAAAUAUUUACGCAGAGUCUGUUGAAUUCGAGCAAGUUUCCACGUAUGAAUUUGAGCUCUUCACCUCGAAAACUCAAAAGUUCUCGAGUUGACGAAAAAUCUAGAGUGAAAAAAUCGAUGAACUCGAGUAUAGAAAAUUUGGUUACAGAAAACGAAGACGAACUUUCGACGGACAAGGAGGGAAAGGCAAGUGGAGACAGUUCGCCGGAGCCCCCAUGUUUCGACUCGUUCAAACGAAAUGCACAAAUUUUUACGCAAAGCUCCAAAAACGUAGAUAUUUCUUCUCAGACAACCGCGAGUCCUUCGUCAGACGACGAGAUUUAUUCUUCUCGAAAGUCACGUAGAUCGAAAAAAAGAUCAAAAAAGCGUAGAUCAAGUGACACGAGUGUUUCGUCGUCGGAUUUUGAAAAACGAAAAGAUCGUAAAAAAUCUUGCACUCAUGAAAUAUCCCCGGAAUUGAAUCAUUCGCAAAUCUCUCCAGAAGUUCCGGAAUCGGAUUAUUGCCAUAGAAACGACGAAAUUUUCACUCAAAGCUUAAAAAAUCAGGAUGAGCAUUCGAGAGCUGAAUCCCCGCUGUCGGACAAAGAAACGCUCAGAGUUCGAAGUCCAAUUAUCUUGUCAUCGAGCCCGGAACCAAAUUUGAAUUUUGGAGAACUUUCCAUGAACAACACAGGAGCUUUAAACAAAGAAAAUUCACAGGAGAAUAAUAAAAGUCCUGGCCAUUCACAGAAAAGUGAGGAAAAUUUUUUCGAUCGAUUUUCACCCAUUCAUUUCGAGGAAUUACAUAGUCCUGAGCCUUGCACUAGUCGUCAGAGGUAUUCGCCGUGUUUCGACUAUGAUUCGUCGAACUCUGUGAGGAAACUCAUGUCACGCUCCGUUUCAAUGCCCGAAAGAACUUCUGUUGGUAAGAACAAUCAUGGAAGACAAAAAACACCGCAAAAAAAGUCGAGAAUGACAGUGUCACAGGAACUCACACCACCAAGGAAUUAUGAUGAAAUGGAUACACCGGAAUUGAAGCAAGAACUAGAUAAAUAUGGCAUAAAACCGCAGAAGAGAAAAAGAGCCAGACAGUUAUUGAAGCAUAUCUACAAUGAGUUGCAUCAAAAAGUUCCAGCCACAAGCCCGGCAACAAAUGCACUGGACAACAGUGUAGAAGAAGACGAUGACGAAGAGCCUCCGCCUAAAAGAACUGGAAGGAUAAGUGCUCAUACCCUAAGUGAUUCGGAAUCCGAUCGCGAUAUUGCAUUGUCGCAAGAGAGUUUGUUGAGUUCGGGCUCGUCCAUUAUACCCGAAGAAGUAGAAUUCCCGGAAGUAAAUGGAUCGCCGAAAGCAGUAGCUGAGCCGAUCAGCAUUAAAAAAGCUUUCGUCGAGCUGAUGAAGACUGACAAAAAGUUGCACGCUCAAGUGCUGACUUAUGAUCCGUUGCCAUUCGAAACAUUGUAUUCGACGUUGAAGGCACAGGGCCUAAAGUGCAAACAAAAUGAUUUGAUGGAUUUCUUGGACGAAGAAUGUAUUACGUUCCAAGUACUGGCGCAGUCGGGCAAGAGCAGAACAAGAAAAAACCAUGGGAAAACCGGUUCCAAGUGGAAAGAUAAAAAUCGCGAUAAAAACAAAGCUGCGGAAAGCCGCACCUAGAAUUUAAGGAAAGGAUACACUUUUCCUCUUUCGUUAUCGAAAUAACAACAACGUGAUUGAAGAACAAAUUUAAAAAAAACACUCACUAUUGUGCCUUUUUUUUAUUUUGUUUCAUUCAGUCGUGUAAAUAUUGUAAAAUAAAUAUAUAUUUUUUAUGGGUGCAUAUAUUAGUGCUGGAGAAGAGAUGAUCGCCUUUUUUAGGAUAGAAUUUUCAUUUUCUGUUUUUUGUACAAUACUAUUGUUAUUAAGUGUAUAAUUGACUUAAAUACAUCUCUAUAAAUACGAAA